ACUAUUUUAUACAAGAAAUUUUUUAAUUUAUAAAAAGGCCAGAUGAAUAUGUUUAGUACUACGUCCUUAAAGGACGGUUCAGAAAUUAAUAAAACAUACUGCACUUCUGAAACUUUAUAUCAGGCAUUAGAAGAAUACGAUUUAUUGACAAUUCUUGAAGCGUUCAAUGAAGCACCGGGUAACUCUAUUAACGCAAGAAAUUUGAGGGAACUGUUAAGUAAAAAAAUACAUAUUGAGUUUGAAGAUGAUGAAUAUGAAUCAAUUUUUAACAAAAUUGAUGUUAGCAGUGAGGGAGCAGUCACUUGGGAUGAAUUUAUAUCUUUUCUGAUACUGGGUUACGAACAGUCAGCCAUCAGUUUGGAAUACAAAAGUCUUGAGCCUCCCAUUCCAGGCAAACCAAAGAUGAAGCAAAGCAUUCACAGAUCAAACGUGAUCAGAAUAGUGUUUUGUCCUACUUUGAAACCUGAUCGUGAAAUGUCGUGGGCCUUAGGAAGCUAUAUGACUCUAAGUAAAGAUGGUGUCAUCAACUAUUGGACUUUAGACAUGGAAUAUCAAAAAACUGUGCAUUCGACUAAUCCCGAUUUAAAAGUUACCACCACCUGGGUUACGGAUAUGGCUGUGAUGCCGGACGUUAGCAUUAUUGUGACGUCCAGUAGCGAAAGAGAUUUGCGGUUUUAUGAUACCUCAGCUAGAAAAUUCGAACUGCGUGUCCGUUUCAUAUCACUGGAUUACGCAGUAUCCACGAUGUACUACUACUAUCCAAGAAGUGCCUCUGAAGAAUCAAAAUUGAUCAUGGGCGACAUGGGAGGAAGUGUUAUUGUGUUACAUAUUGAAACCGAAGAAAGAGGUCCUUUUAAAAGUGCCUUAGGACGUCCUUUGCUUCAAUGUCCAAUUUUACUCGUAAAACAAGGUUUGCAGUCUGGUUUUAGAAUGACUACUUUCAGCGCUAUACAUUCGGAUUACGUUAGACAGGUUUAUUAUUAUAAGUCAUUGAGGAGUGUAGUUUCUUGUGCCAAUUGCCCUGUGUCUCCGUUCGUUAUCACAGAUCUUAUAGAUUUAACAAAAAAACAGGAUCCAAAAGCAUAUAAAGUGUCUACAGGAAUUUGGUGUUUUGAUAUAGUUGAGUCAUUACAUAUGAUUGCUACUGCUGGACCCGACUGUCUCAUACGCAUUUGGAAUGCUUUCAUGCCCACACGUCCUACCGCAACCCUCUACAGACAUCACACUGGAAUUAUACAUAUGACGUUCCAGGAUAACGCAAAACUUCUUUACUCCUUGUCCAAAGAUAGAAAUAUAAAAGUAUGGGACAUGCAGACGCAGCAGUUGACACAAAAUUACAUCGAUUUGCCGUUGGCCCUGGGUGAAAAGGAAAUGUGUACUUUGUACAAUCCAGAUAGUAGAGAAUGGAUUCUUGGCAGCGCCAUGGUAGCAAUAUUACCCCUGAGUCCUAAGCAAAGUUCUGAACAUACAGAUGGAAAUACCCAUUCAAGUGGUGUUUCUUGUGUUCUCUACAAUAAAUUGUUUAAGCUUAUCGUAACUGUGGGUAUUGAUAGUUAUAUACUGGUAUGGAAUCCUUGGGAUGGGAGAAACAUGCUAGUAAUUAAAGAAGCACACGUUAUGAUGCUGCACGGACUUCCAAUUCCCGUUGAAAUCACUUCAGCGUCAUUUUCUCAAAACUACCAUUUUUUAAUUACUGCAGCUCAUGAUGGCUCAUUGAAAAUCUGGGACUUCCACAAUGGAACGUGUUUGCGAAAUAUGAGAUUCGCCAAACCUGCUGAGAUCUGUCAGGUUUUCUGGAUCGGAAACAGAGUCCUUGCCACAGGAUGGAACCGCAGAAUUACUGAAUUCAACUCCAAAGGAGAAGCAGUUGGCCACGGUCGUCAUUUUAGCAAGAACUGGGACAAAAGACACACAGACGACAUCAGUUCAGCUGCAGUAAGAAUCCCUCAAACUGUUGUAACUGCUUCAUUCAACGGCGAAAUUGUUAUGUGGAGAUUAGAAACGGGCCAACCUUAUAAAAAAUACAACGUGGCUAAUCCCACUGUGAGAAUAAAAAUUGAAUAUAAGAUGCAUAAGCAUUCUGAAAUAGAGGAUGAAGGAAAACAAAAGACAAACAAAACAAACUUGCUGACGAGAAAAAGCCUACAAGCUAGAAGGACUUCUGUUCUCACUUCGGACAAGCGAAGAAUAAGUGUUGCAACACCUACGGUGGAGAUUAAAAGAAAAAUUUCUCAAGUGGAUUUGCCAGAUGAAAUCUUAUCAUUGAGAAGACUGGCUGUACAUUCCAUGUUGUUUCUUAAUUCGCGAAAAAUGGAUGCAAAUAACGGAACGCUUUUGAUAUCAUUAGAAAAUGGUUAUAUUCAAGUUUGGUCACAUGACGUACACGGUGGAUAUAUAACAUCCUUUUCUUCAAUUCACAAGGGGGGUGAUUAUGUUAUUACAAUGUGUACUGAUGAAAACAAUGAAUUCUUAUUUACAGGACACAGCACAGGUUAUGUAAAGACAUGGUUAAUAAAAAAUUACUGUACAAGAGAUCCUGAGGAAAUUUCUUUACCAAAGUAUAGGCUACGUUUUCCAUUUAUGUGGGGCUUUGUGGUUCAAGGAAGAGCAUCUAGGAUUAAUAAUGGACAACCAGAAAAUCCAAUUUUGUUAAAUUCGUACAAAGGACAUUAUCUACCUAUUUCAUCUCUAGUCUAUAUAGAUGAAUCCGAAAUACUCGUGAGCGGAAGCGCUGAUAGAAGUGCAAGAAUGUGGACUUUGGGUGGAAGAUUUAUUCAGACUCUAGGAAGUUUUAAAGGGUGGAAAGAAAUUGAAAAAGGGAAACCACUUAGUAAAGACUUUGAGUUCACUGUUCCUGCCGAUUUAAAACGACUUCUCAGUAGUACUUCUUUAAGGGUUUUAAGUGGAGGGUAUUUAGACAGGACCUUGACCCAGAAGCAAGUUACACGAAGGGCAGCAAAAGAACGCGUUGGGGUAGAUGUUACCAAAGUGUAUGGAAAGGCACUGACUGCACCAAUUCUUGGAAAUUAUUACAAAUUACCGAUACGUUCAACUACUUCAAUAGACGUCACAUUUGAUACAAGCUUCCCUUACAUUCCUGUAUAUCAACACUUAAUAAUGCCCGUUCCCAACGAAGUUAUUCUUCCAGAGCGAAAAAUCACUCCAUUAUCAGAAGAAACUGCCGAGAAGAAAGAUGAGAAAUUUUAAAAAUCAUUCAAGCUCAAUAAAAAAAAAAAUUUCCACGUUAAUCUGGAAAAAUAGUCGACAUUUCUUGGAGCAAACUUUUAUAACAAAAUAAUGAAACAGUUAUUAUAACAUCAGUUUCAAUAAUUAAAAUACAGGGACUGUAAAAAAGGAA